CGGACCGCGCGGCGGCGGCACUCCAGCCCAGGGCCCCUCGGGCACCGCCGGCCCGGCCCCGCUGCGCGCCCUCAGCGGCGGCCGUGCCCGCCCGCCAUGGCUGACAGCGCAGAGCCCGCGGCUCCCGCCGGCGGUGCCGCCGCGGCUGCGGAUGCGGCUCCGGCUCCGGCCGCGGGCCCUCCGGGCUCGCCGGCGCAGGAGCGGCGGGCGGGCGGCUCCCCGGGCGCGGCCAUGCCGCGGCUGCCGCUGGGCGGCCCGGGCGGGGCGGCGGGGAUGUCGCUGCCGCGGCUGGAGAAGCCCAUCAAGCAGGCCUUCUACAACACCGGGGCGCUGCUGUUCGCGGGGCUGUGCUGCGGCGCCGCCGUGCUCGUGUACUUCAUCCUGGAGGCGUUCCUGCGGCCGCUGCUCUGGGCCGUGCUCUGCGGCACCUUCCUGCACCCCUUCAAGACCUCGCUGACGGCGCUGGGGCGGCGCUGGCUCGGCCGCCUGCACCGCUCCCGCACGCCCGUGCUGCUGGCCGCCCUGCUGCUGCCCAUCUGCUUCGCCAACUACGGCGUGGAGGCGCUGGGCGAGCAGGUGCUGCGGCGGCGGCGGCUGCUGCUGCUGCUGGGCGCCGGGGGCCCGCUGCUCUACGGGCUCUACUGCCUGGGCAGCUCCCUGGGCGUGCAGGUGCUGCUGGCACAGGCCGCCCGCAUCAUCUGCCAGGGGCUCGACUACUUCAGCAGCCAGUGGAUAUGGACAUUGGUGGUUGGUUACCUGCUGAUGGUUUCAUUCAAGUGGAAUGUAAGCACUGAACGUUACUUAAAAGCAGUCUCUGUUCCUGUCUGGAUUAUGCUGCUCUUUCACUUAGCUUCUGUGGCAGGUUCCUGGAGAAUUCCUGUAUUUCUGGUUAUAGUUGUUCUGAUGACAGUAGGCAUGUUGCAUGAACAGCAGAAUGGAAAGGAGUCUUCUGGGGCAGAGCUUCCUGGUCAGAUGAUUUCCAUUGCUGCUUCAACGAUUGCCAUGGCAAUUUCAAUGACAGAAGAUGAGUCCAAUAAUGAACAUUCCUCCCAACCCUCAGGAGCAACAGCAGAAGGUGAUCAGCCUCCACCUCCACGAGCUUCAUCAUCUUUCAGCACCUCCUCUUCAUCAUCUGGGAACAGACAAAGACCUGAGAUUGGCUCUUUUCUUAGAAAAAAGAAAACUAGUGAUAUUUACUUUGUUACUCUUGUGUGGGCCAUUGUCAUUGUUCAGAUCUGGCUAAAUUUUUGGAUUGUGCAGCUAUUGCCAGUGCCUUUUGCAGUGUGGGCACUUAAAAAAUUCGUGGUUCAUUUUGGAGUUUUGAACUUCAUGGCAAACCACUGCAAAAGUUGGUGGCAACUCAUUGAAAAUUUUGUGAAAGAGCGUCAGGAAGCUCUUGCUCCACGGCCCAUCAGAGGACUUGGAAGUGUUAUGAUAAAGCUUGACAGUAAGCUGUGGCACUGGCUUAAUAAGAAGAUUAUCGUGUGGUUGGAGAAAAUGCUAGAUAAAAUAAUCAGCAUUUUCAUAAUAUUUUUGCUGGUGAUUGGAACCCUUCUGCUAGCUCUUCUCCUUACUGCAAAGGUGCAUCAGGAGAGCGUUCACAUGAUUCACGUCACAAGCAGCUUGAUCAAUGAGACAGUAGCCAGUCACCCAGAAUGGGCAAACUGGCUGCCAGAAGCCCAGGUCAUUCAGAAGGCGCUCAAUUCUGCAGCUAACAACGUAUACCAGUAUGGCCGAGAAUGGAUCACACACAAGCUCCAUAAGAUUUUAGGAGAAAAAGUAAAUAACACUGCAGUGAUUGAAAAACAAGUGCUGGAGCUCUGGGACAGGCUUUAUCACUCUUGGUUUGUGAAGAAUGUAACCCAUUCUGGAAGACACAAAGGGCACAAGUGGCACAUAAACCGUCAAAACAGCUGGCUUGGAGAUAUUCUGGACUGGCAGGAUGUUGCAUCGUUUGUUCACGAUAACAUUGAAACAUUUCUCUCGAUCCUGGAGUCUCUGUGGAUAGUGAUGAGUCGCAAUGUGAGCCUCUUGUUUACUACAGUUACAGCAUUAGUGACAAUCCUCUUCCACAGUGGGACAGCUCUUCUCAAUUUUGUGCUUUCAGUGGUGAUUUUUCUGACCACACUGUUCUACCUGUUGAGCUCCAGUGAUGAGUAUUACAAGCCAGUAAAAUGGGUGAUAAGCCUGACACCUUUGUCUCAGCCAGGUCCCUCCUCAAAUAUAGUUGGCCAAUCUGUGGAGGAAGCAAUAAGAGGUGUGUUUGAUGCUUCCCUCAAAAUGGCUGGGUUCUAUGGACUCUACACUUGGCUGACUCACACUAUAUUUGGGAUUAACAUAGUCUUCAUACCAUCUGCAUUAGCAGCAAUCCUUGGAGCAGUGCCAUUUCUGGGGACAUACUGGGCAGCAAUCCCUGCAGUCCUAGAUUUGUGGCUUGUGCAAGGACAGGGAUGCAAAGCCCUUUUGCUCCUGGUUUUUCACCUCUUGCCAACAUAUUUUGUAGAUACAGCAAUUUAUUCAGAUAUAUCAGGAGGUGGUCACCCUUACCUGACAGGCCUUGCAGUAGCUGGAGGAGCAUAUUACCUGGGACUGGAAGGGGCCAUCAUAGGACCAAUUCUACUUUGUAUACUUGUGGUUGCUUCCAAUAUAUAUAGUGCCAUGUUGGUGAGUCCAACAAAUUCUGUGCCCACGCCAUCACAAGCAACGUGGCCAUUACAGAUUUACCGGUCACCUAGAGAGAGUCCCGAGGAGAUGAAAACGUCUGCAGAGUGAUGGAGGUGCUGGGCUGCACCUACAGCUUGAGGGAAUCUGUCUUCUGUCUUGGGUUCACAACAGCCAUGGCCUUCUGUCCGUUCCCAGCUGUGCCUGGGGCAGCUCACAGGGCAGCAUGGAUUGGGUUUUAGGAGGAAGCACUAGAACAUCUGCUGGCCUUACAUUAUUUUGUAUGCAAAAUGCACUUUGCCUCUUCGAGAGAGAAUGUGUACUUCCCAUGGCUUUGCAUACCAUCACACAGUCAGCUGCCUUGCUGAAGACUUUGAAGACCUUCUUUCUUAUCAAAAGAAUAGUUAAGAGGACAGGUACAUCCACUGGAGUCAUUAUCUUAUCUGCUGAAAUUACUAACUUGGCUUUUAUUUAUUGGGUUAUUUGUCUUAUUAAACUGUAGUAGCUUUAAAGAAAGCUGUAAUUCCAAAAUAUUUAUUUUUAGGCAAUUUGGUGGCAAAAGAAGGGCAAACCACUCAUUGUGAAAUGAAAGUAUAAUAUAAUAGCUUGUUCCUCCUCAAGGUGUUUCUUUAUAAGCUUCAACUGUCAUCUGUAACUCAUAAUAACACUUAAAUAUUAUUCUCUUACAUGCACUGAAACUUAAUGUUGUUGGAGAGUGGUAUUUUUAAUACCUUCCUGAUAUUAAUAGAAGUGCAAACUAUUAAAUGUGGGUUUUCCUCUUACUGGCAUAGGAGGACUUGUUUAAGUAGCUUAAAUCUUGCCCCCAGUUGCAGCAAAACCUGAUAGUAUUUUGCUGUUUAUCCACCCUCCCAGUGGAGUCAUCAGCUAAAUUUAAUCAAAGGCCUUAAGUGUUUUCAGACAAUAGUAAUGUAGGAUGAUCACAUCUCCUUCCAGUAACUGGAAGAAGUUUAAUGGGGAUUGUUUAAUGUUGGUUUCCAGAUCCUGUGGCUGAGUUCAAUUCACUUUUUGAACAAAUUUUACUACCAGAAAGAAAGGGGGAGAGAGCAUGGAUUUUUGGUAUAGUUUAGUUGGAGUUUUUUUAACCUUGUAAGCAUCUGGCCAAAUGUCUUACUGAGAUAUAGGAGAUAUCUUAAUAUACUGAAAUAUGUCUUAUUAAUAAACAAAGAUCCUAAAUUUCUGAAAUAUGUUGCCUAGCAUUAGAUCCUCUAGUGUUUCUCUUCCAUGUGUAAUUUUUCUUAAAAUGCAGCUUUGGUGACAUUUAAGGCCUUUUGUAUUGAUUGUCAAAACAUUUUGACACAAUGGAUCUUUAUAAAUGGAUCCUUUUUGUAAAUGGGAAGUGGGGUUUUUUUUGGUAAGUACUUCAUACUUGCACAGCUUUUCCACAAAUCCAGUGAGGCCCUAGGUACAAAGUAGCAGAUGCACUUGCUUAACCAAAGAACCACCAUUCAGUUUCCAGUAACUUGAAUUGAUUUCAGAGUUUGAUUGAUAAUGAGUUGUACAAAAUACAGGCAUGCCUUGUAUUUCUUGUUGACAGUAAUUCAAUGCUUGAAACAAAGGGAUCUUAUCCAGGGAUAAGGCUAUCUAAGAUGUGUACACAAACAGCUUGCAGUAACUGUUUGUUUUACUUGACUUCUAGGAGUGCUGACAGAUUUGGAAUAUAUGAUAUUGUAUGUAUUUUUACAUUGUUUUGAAAAAUACAUUGCCAUGUAAAGUUUGGAAAGUACUCUGAUAACUGAGUAAAGAAGAAAGUCCUACUGUAGGUUUGUAAUAAACAGGCUGCCUAACAAGACACAAAUAGUCUGCUCCUCAGAUUCUCAAAAUAAGCUGCUGCAAUUUCCCUGAUGAAAUUGUAUGUUUUAAGUGAGAGGGGUUAAGUAUGCUGUUAGUACACACUUGCAGAUAUGUGCUUGAGAGACAGACUUGGGCUUAAUUUAGAUGAUUGACUCAGGUUUAUCAAAAUAUGGAAACAUCCCUUUUAAUAUUUUAAAUUCUGAAAAAUCGACACAUCACUUUAACUAAUUGAAUAAGAAGAAUGUGUUGCUUGAAUAAAGUAUCUGUCUUAUCUCCUUGGUUUUGUGGCUUUUGAAAAAGCUUAAAUGAAACACAUUCUUAUAAUUGUUGCUGGCUAGGCUGGAGGAUAUGGGAAAUCCUGAGGCUUUAUAUAUUCCUGCAGCUUUCUAACCAGCUGGAAUGAGACCACCAUGAUAUUUAGGCAACUUCUUUAUUGUAUCCUUUUUUUUUUUUUUUUAGUCCACAAUUUUGCACUGAAUUGUUGUGUUCUUGUUGUAGCUUCUUGUAGGCAGCAUUUAAAGCACCUCUUUGCUCACUGGUCAAGACGUUUAUUGUCCACAUUUGCUAUCCCAUUCUCUGAGACAAUCUUUCAUACUUCUGUGGUACUUGACUUAGUAAUUUUAAGAAGUCAUUAAAAAUCAUUAUUUUGUUUGGUUUUUACUUCCCUUUCAACUGAUUGCCUUAGCUCAAAGAAGAGUCUGUGCUAUGAAGAUCAAAACCGUGAUUGAGACACUGUUAACUUCAGUAAUGCAAAUGAGUAAAAUUGCCUGAGAAGAUGACACUGCUGUUUUGAAAUGUUUCUUUUCCAAAUCAUUUUAUAGAGAGAAUUCACGUCUGAUGGAGUCAUGUUUAGUUUGUCCUCCUUUGAAAUGAGGCUUAAUUUUGAUGCUUUCUGUUCCAAAUUCAGCUCAGACUUGCCAUGAAGAACCAUCCAUAGUGCAUCCUUACUCAGUGAAUGUAACUUCAGGAGCUCUUGCUGUAACAUAUACUGCCAAAAAGAAAAGAAAAACAAGGAACAAAACUUCCAAUAACACCUUCUUGGAAUAGGAAAUAGUCACUGUUUUUCACCAUGUUUAGCAAAAAACCACAAAAAUCCCAAAACCACAAAAUGCCACCUUUUGAAAGCGUAUAUGUUGAUUAUUUGGGUUCUGUGUUUAGCAAGUGUCUAAUUACCAGCAGAAAUAAAUGACCUUGCCAUUGGGUAUUUAGCAACCUCUAUUAUUUUCUGAGCCUUUCUACAAAGAUCCCACAACAACAAUCACCAACCAACCAACAAAAAAAGCCCCACCACUCUGCAGUGCAGUUUUCUUAGGAGAGACCAUCUUUUCUGCAGUGCUUAUAGGCGAGAUGUUGAUGGCCUUUAGCUUUACUUAACCAGUCAUUCCAGGAGCAGGUACUUACUGAGUGUACAUUUAAUGUUCAAUAAGUCAGAGUUCAGAAGGGAAUGCUUGUAGUAAUGCAAGACAAUGGGGUCUUAUGGUAUGGUGAAAUUCAGCUGUGCUGUUUUUUAUCAUUCUCCUUGGGGAAAUCAGGCUUGUUGCAUUUCAGUGUAGUGCCCAAAGGGCUGGUGCUGUUUCUGGCACUCUUGUCUGAGUUAGCCUUUCCUGCCUGUACCUUGGCUGUAGCAGAGCUGGCAGAGAUGACUAUGUGCCAGUUCACAUCCCAGCAUGUUAGCUUGAGGUCACUGUAAAUACUGGCUUAAUUGGAUCCAUGAGGGAGCAAACUGCAAUGGACAAGAGUCUGGCACACAUUCAUUCUGCCAGCCUUACUGCAAUAUGGUGGCUUUCAGCACAGGUGCACUGUGACCAGUUGGGAACAGAAAUGACUUAUUUUGAAAGGCUGCUUUAAAAAAACCAAUUUAACAUUAUAAUAAUACAUAUGAUGCACAUUUUUCAGAAGUUAAGUUGAUACCUAUGUGUGAUCUUCCAUGCACAGUGCUCUGUGUGUGUGCCAGUUAUCUGUGGUACACUUAGGCUUCUCUGAUUUGAAGCUCUAUGUGGCUUCUCUUAAAGACACUGGGGAGGAGGAUAUACUGGAUGUAUAUUUUGUCAGUGAUUAUUGGACUAGGAAGUCCAUAAUCUGUUUAAUUAAAAUAAGAAAAAGGCAUUGUUUGGGGAAAAUUGGAUGCUGUUUCCAGUGUUAUCCAUGGUGGGUAAGUGUAACUUUUGAAAUAGGUGUAUUGCUGCAAUGUUAAACAUUUUUUUUCAGAAAGCCUGAAAAAACAAAACUGGAUGAAAUUGUUCUCCAGUAAAAGCAGCAGUUGAAUCCUUAGUCCUAGGAAUACUGCAGUGUUCCCUUUCCUAUGGGCGUGAUACACUGAGGAUGGAAAAGUACCAUUAUUCUACUGAGAUUCCAUAGCUUUGCAUCAUUGGUAGUGGGUGCUUCUACAGCUGCCUUUAUUCAAAUAUUGUGUUUAUAUUCUAUUGACUUAAAUUUGUCACUUGGAUAGUGCCACCUUCACGGAUACUAUAUCUGGAAAUGGAUGUAAUUUCCUUUGAAGAACUGAAGGGUGUUGGGAUUGGAGGUAGCAUUCUUCUACAGGUGCAGUUCCUUACCUUGAAGUAUGCAAUUUUACAAGAGAAAAUUGAUUUUCCAGGUAAUCUUUAUUGAGUGCCAGCUGACAUCUCUUAAAUCCAUGGGUGCAUCAUCUUUAUAAACUCUGUAUUGAUUUGUAUUUCCUACACUUUUUGCUGAAGUGAGCUUUGACAAUUUCCUUGUUAUUCCUAUUUGUACAAAACUAGAAUUACUUCAAACUCUUAACAAACAUUAGGGAGACUUGAUCUUUAACCUGGUACUGUCUGUCAGUUUUACUAAGGUACCUUAAUGCUUUAUGGUAAAAUUUUCUGAAAUUGCUUUUAAGUGAUAAACUUGGAAAUACGAAAAAAAAGGAAAGUGGAAAUGAGAAACAAUGCCAGAAGUCAUAAACAUAUUCAGGGAUUCUACAUUUGGUUUGUAAAUGUGUAUAUUGAUAUGUAGUGUUAUCUAAAUAUUGGGAGCCACUGUCCUAUUCAGACUUUACAUGAAAUUUUGUCCUUUUUUUUUUUUGAGAUACCUGAGAACAAAAUAGUGCCUGUAUGUAAUGAAAACAAGCAACAUUUUCUACAAUUCAUGUUUACUUGAUACAGAUAAAGGAAGAGCCAAGCAAAUCCUGGUAGUGUGACUACCACUCUUUUAUUGCAGUUCAUAUAAAGGAGGGAAAAGCUGCUAGUAAUGCACUGCUGAGAGAUUGCUGUUCCUAGAAGUAUUUGCACACAUCUUCU